AUGGAAGAGGCUUUCCAUCUCAACCAGACUUCCUUUGUGACCUAUUUUCGGCUUAGAGGUUUAUCUGUAAAUCAGAAGGUGCAGCUGGCUGCCUUUUCCAUGUUCCUCGUUUUCUAUGUCCUGACACUGAUGGGGAACAUCCUCAUCAUCAUAACCAUUGUCUGUGACCGCAGACUCCACACCCCCAUGUAUUUUUUCCUCAGCAAUCUGUCCUUUAUCGACGUCUGCCACUCCACUGUCACUGUUCCCAAGAUGCUAGUGGACACGUGGUCAGCGGGGAAGUUCAUCUCCUUUGGUGCCUGCGUGACCCAGAUGUUCUUCCUGCACCUCUUUGCCUGCACGGAGAUCUUCCUCCUCACCGUCAUGGCCUACGACCGGUACGUGGCCAUCUGUAAACCCCUGCAGUACAUGACGGUGAUGGACUGGAAGGUGUGUGUGCUGCUGGCAGUGGCCCUGUGGACAGGGGGCACCAUCCACUCCAUAGCCCUCACCUCCCUCACCAUCAAGCUGCCCUACUGUGGCCCUGACGAGAUUGACAACUUCUUCUGCGAUGUCCCUCAGGUGAUCAAACUGGCCUGCACAGACACCCACAUCAUUGAGAUCCUCAUUGUCUCCAACAGCGGGCUGAUCUCUGUGGUCUGUUUUGUGGUUCUAGUGGUGUCCUAUGCAGUCAUCUUGGUGAACCUGAGACAGCAGCUCUCUGAGGGCAGGCGGAAGGCCCUGUCCACUUGUGCAGCCCACCUCACUGUGGUCACACUCUUCCUGGGACACUGCAUCUUCAUCUACUCCCGCCCAUCUACCAGCCUCCCAGAAGACAAGGUGGUGUCUGUGUUUUUCACUGCUGUCACCCCUUUGCUGAACCCUAUCAUCUAUACCCUUAGGAACGAAGACAUGAAGAAUGCUUUGAACAAGUUAAUGGGGAGGCAGGAGAGACAGUCAGAAAAAUGA